UCGCCUGCACAGAGGGACGCUUGUGCUCCGCUUGGCCCUGGCCUGGGCAGGAGUGACGCCACGGGGCUGGCCCAUGCUUUGCCAGGUCUGGUGUGUUCUCCAAACCCUUCAUUAGAGUUGGCGAGGAGCGUGUCUGCUGGAGAGAAAGCCUUCCCUUUGAAGAAGACUAACUUCAGUUGAUCAAGGAUGUCUUUGACGGACAAAAGACUUGAAAAUUUGCAGAUCUACAAAGUUCUCCAAUGUGUUCGCCAAAAGGACAAGAGGCAGAUAGAGAAGCUGACCAAACUUGGAUUCCCAGAACUCAUUAAUUUCACAGAGCCUGUCGAUGGAGAUAGUGCCCUUCAUUUGGCAUGCAUCGCAAACGACAUAGACAUGUGCAACUUCCUGCUGGAGCAAGGAGCUCAUCCAGAUGUUCAAGACCGAAUGGGACGCACUCCUGCAAUGAAAGCAGCCGAGCUAGGCCACGACUUAGCCUUGGAUAAACUAGCGAAGGCCGAGGCAGACAUGACCAUAGUUGAUAAUGAAGGAAAAGGUGUUUUGUUUUACUGUAUUUUACCUACGAAACGGCACUGCCGCUGCGUUCAGAUCGCUUUAGAAUGUGGCGCAGAUGUUAACAACUGUACUAUCAAUGGGAAGCCAGUAUUCCUACAAGCCUGUGAACAAGCACACGAGAUUAAAGAAAUAUGUCUGAAAUUUUUGGAAAGAGGAGCAAACCCCAAUGCGAUAAACCUAGCUACUGGUCGCACGGCCUUAAUGGAAGCGGCAAGAGAAGGCGUAAUAGAGAUGGUGCGUGGCAUACUUGAAAGAGGAGGAGAUGUUAACAUAUUUGACAACGAAAGACAUAAUGCUGCACAUUUUGCCGCCAAAGGAGGCUUUUUUGAGAUCCUAAGAAUUAUUUCAGCUUAUAAUGGAGAUGUGGGGCUCAUUGCUAUGAAUGGAAACACGCCACUUCAUUACGCUGCUGCUGGGGGCUUUGCGGAUUGCUGCAAAUUUAUAGGGCAAAGAGGCUGUGAUCCCAAAUGGAAGAACCUACUAACAAAAACCCCAAGAAUGACUGCCAAAGAAGGUGGUUUUAAAGCAGCAUCAAAGGAACUGCGCAAAAUUGAACGACUCCAUGCUAAAAUCACCAAACCUGGAGCGAAGGAAGCCAAUCCACGUGUUGCGAUGAGGUUGCACGAUUGGUCCUUAGAACAUCAGACAGCCCUUCGUGAGGCAUUUGAGGUGGUGGACAGAGGUGACGGAACAAUAAGCAAAGAUGAUUUUGCAUCAGUUAUUCAGGAGAAGUGUGAUUUUGUAGAUGCUGAACUAAUACAAACCAUUGCCCAGGCACAUGAUAAGUCUCGUGCUGGGGGAAUUAACAUUGAAGAGUUCUUUAAAGGUUCCAAAUACUUGCAAAAAGCCUAUCUCAUUUCGUCUUUUGGACCCAAAAAGAAGAAAGGGAAGAAAGGAAAAGGCAAGAAAGGCAAGUUCUCCAUCCCCAUGCCCAUCUGUGUCAUUCCAGAGAGCUUGUGCCCACGCCGAACAGAUGGCGGGCUCCCUAUGUACAUGAUUGAGACCUAUCAGAAUGUGACCGAUGGUAACCGCUUUCAUCGGGAUCACCCCCCUGAACAUCCUUUGCAGGAUGAUUCUGCGUGGUACAUUGAUGAGCCAGAGAAGACUUACAACAAGAUUAACUAUCUUACUAAAGAAGGAGACAUUGUGUCACUGAAAAAAGCAUUUGAAGAGGGGGUACCAGUGGACAUUAGAGAUGUAUAUUAUAAAACUCCUCUGAUGGCUGCAUGUGGAAGUGGAAACAUGGAUGCUGUGAAAUAUCUUCUAGAGAAGGGGGCUGAUGUAAAUGCAACUGACAAUUUCAUGUGGACUCCUCUGCACCAUGCCUGCCAUGCAGGUCAACAGGACAUUACUGAACUGCUUGUGAAGUAUGGAGCAGCGAUAGAUGCAGUUACAAUCAACAGUGCCACCCCAUUGAUGAGAGCUAUUGAGAGCUGUAGAUUGGACUCAGUGCAAUAUUUAAUUGAUUCUGGAGCGAAAGUCCAGAUGGAAAACAGAAAAGGCCAAAAUGCUUUGGACAUUGCGAAGGCGUACGCUGACUUUAGACUAAUUGACCUGCUUCAACAAAAACUGGACCGUUUGCCAAAACCACCAGAAACCAAAGCAGAUAAAGGGAAGAAACCUGGCAAGCCUAAAUCAGCUGCUAAGCCCGCGCGGGGGGAGGCUGACGCUGCAAAGGAGGAGCCACCUCCACCAAUCGCAGAAAAAUCUAUUUUUGAAGAAAAGAAAGAAUCCUUUAAGGGCAAUGUUAUUCAUCUGAAUUCUUUAAUAACCAGUGGCACUACUAAGAAAGUUAAUAUUACAUUCAUACCCAGAAAAACUUGGACCCCGGAAGCGACAACAGCUAGUCUAAUAAGAAAGCGGGAAUUGCAUCGUGAGCGCUUUACUUACGAGGUGGACUUUGAAGACUUCAUGAUGCCCUUUAAGAAGAAUUUCAUGGGAAAAGCCCGGGCGUUAGAAAUGGCGUCUUAAAUUAAUGCGUGCCUUUCUUUGCAUCAAAGUUCAGAAAGGGCUUAAAAGUAGAGGCUCUUUUUUGAAGGCAGAAUCAUGUUACCCUUAUUUAAUGCCCCUCAAUUAUGAUAAAAUUGUAGCAAAACUUUUUUUUUCCUUUGUACAAUUAUGUAGUUUCCCUGUAGUUAAGGGCUUAAUCUUCUAAGAGGCUGAGCUACACCAAGAUUCUAGAAUCCUGAAAGGAUCAGGCUCUGAUUUACCAGUGUAUACAGACUCUAGUUCCAUAAAACAAUGCAUCCUUUAAAAUUUAUAAACAUAGGCACUAUUGGCUACAGCUUUAUGCUGCCAUAUUCUUGAACACAGGGCAAGACUCAUCCAAGGGCAAGUAGCUUUUUAUUUAUCUUUCUCUUAUUAGGAUAUUUUUAAAAAAAGAACAGGGUAAAUUGCAAGCAGGAUAAGUCCUCUAUUGGGAUGUCCUUAGCCAGUGCUACGGGACAGUCAAGAGCAAAGCAUCAUCCUCCAGAGAGAUAUAUGGCAUCAUUCCUAUUAGUUAAAAUUUGAAAAUAGACGAGUAAUGAGUAGUUCUGGUAUUAAUUCCUGAACUGAUAUUUUCGUAUCCCAUUACACACACUUGCAAAAUGGACACAUGCAGGGAUUCGCUCAGUAUUGCAUUACUCGAGUUCUGAGCCAGUGCACCACACUUGUGACUCAGGCCAUGGUGUAUUUUCAACAAACUUGCCAGAAGCUGGGACUGGAUGAUGGAGGAUGGAUCCCUUGAAAUUGCCCUUUUCUGUUUAUUCCCUCUGGAACAUCUGGCACUGGCCACUUUUGGAAGACAGGAUACCGGGCUAGAUGGACCAUUGGUCUGACCCACUAUGGCUGUUCUUAUGUUGUUUCAAAAAUAAUCAGUACUGGGAGUGUAGUUUUGCUCUCAUGGGGCUUGAUACAAGGCCUUUUGAAGUCAGUGGAUGUCCUAUACUCAAGGAAUGAAGACCAGUGAAUAUUGUCCCUACCUUAGAAAUAGGCUUUAGGAGUGAUCUUGGGAAUUAUAGACUGGGGGGCCUUGUUUUAGCACCAGAAAAACUGGUUGAAAACAUACUUAAAAAGAGAAUUAUAAGACACCUUGUUUGUUUGAAGAUGAAAACGCCCAGCGUGAUGUUGUGUGUCAUUUAAAUAGUACAUAAUUUUUCCAUAGUGCAUGUGGAACUCCCCGCUACUAUAUAUCUGAGGACAAUAACUUAGUACAAGAUGUAGACAUUUAUAUGGAUUAUGAGAACAGCCAUAGUUACUUCAGAGAUGACCUUUUUAUAUAUAUAUGUAUAUAUAUAUAUAUAUAUAAGGGAUACAAACCCUCAUGCUUCAGAGCCUAAGCUAAUUAGUAGUUGAAUGUGUUAGGAAGAAAGUUUCCUUGUGGCUAGAUUAUUCUAUAAUUUUCCUUUGCAGAGAUGCUGGCAUCUCCAUCAGAAGUAUGUUUCUGAGACACGAUACUGGACUAGAAUAACCAUUGGUCUGACCUAGUGUGACGGUGCUUGUAUUUAUAUUUGUGUCUCCAUGAGCUCUAGAUCCAGUUUUUUCAGUUUACAAGGGUAAAAAUAUUUGGGUUUUUUUCUGUCAGUCCUGCCAACUCUACAUGGAAUCUGAGAGUCAGGCUGGGUUCCUUCCUCCAUGUGCAUCAUCUCCAGUAAUAAAGAUUCUGUAGACCAAAUUCUGCCCUCAAUGACAUCUGUGCAGCCACAUUGCCCUUAAUGGGUGUGCACAGGCACUGCUGAGGAUAGCAUGGACUUCGGUGGGAGCUUUGCCUGAGUAAAGACUGCAGGAUUGAGACCUUAAUAGUGGUGGUACUUUACAUUUCUCUACCCAUGCCUCUUACUGGCCCAGUUACCCAAAUGAGCCCAAUGCUUUUUAUCCUAGUUGCAUGCAGAACGAUAGACGUUCUGUUCACUGAUACGGAGACAGAAACUUGAAGCAAAUGACUUAGACACCUUUUGUUAUUAAAAUAAUUCUUAAUGAGCUAUGUCCUUGACAUUUGAAAAUUUUGGGGCCAGGUUCCCAGCUAGUGUAAAUGCACAUAGUUCCAUUGAUUUUACAUCAACAGAGCCCUUGUGCUUCCUUUCUUUUGAAGAUGAACACACCCAGUGCAAUAUUACGUGCAAUUUAAAAUGACCUUAUUUAACAUGUAAUUAUUUAGAAUGGAAUUGGCAUCUUCGCCCUGAUGAAAAUUCUCAGGGCAAGUUGCUUCGCAUGGAAGAAUGCCCCAAUACUACUGGUAUUGUAGUUUGUAUAUUUCAGAGUAAUGGUGGCCUUUCAAGGGAAAUAGGGUGUCCUGGGUUGACAUAAGUUGUUUGGGGAUUCUCAAUAUAUGGGCAUGGUAUCUUUGAUCGUCAGUUUAUACCCAGAUAGUUCAAAAUAAUAAAAUAAUUGCAUUAAAACUAUUCAGAAAGAACCAUGCAAAGGAGGAUGAGGUGGCAGACAACAAAUGAUCAAAAAUAAAGCUGUAUCUGUACAUACAGAAAAAGUAUCAGGAUCAGUUUGAUAAAUCAUACACGCUAGAAUAAAGCAGACUUCACAGAUAGAAAUGGGGGUGAGGGGAGCGGGGAAAUUCAUAAGUCAAUUAUUUCAGAAAGUAAAUAACAAUGUUCAGGACACGGGCGUAUCAUGGGAAUCAGCUGGGAGAGUUUUCUCAGCAUUAAUGUCAGCUACUCAUUAAUACCGUAAUAAAUAGCCUACCGUUAGGUAAUUACUGCUAUGAUUAACUAAGGGCAAUGUCCUGUUUGGCUUACACAGAUGAGUGGCUCCACUGGAUGGGAGAAGGAUUUUGUCUGGAUGCAGUAGAAGAGUUUAACCUAACCAGUGUACAAUGCUGUUUCUCCCAUUGUUUUGUGUUGUGCAAUGUGAGGCUUGAUUGUGACUGGCCUUUGAAAGGCAUGCAAAAAACUUCUCCAGUGCAUAGUUGCAACCCCUGGGCACUUGUGACUGACCCCUCUGUGCACGCAGGCAAAAAAAGGGGGAAGGGACCGUGUAGGGAUCCACCAUUUUCUUACACAUUGCCCAAAAGUGGGAAGGGAAGGGGGUUAAGAAGGAGGUGAAGACACAGCUCAACCCGGAACAACAUGCUGGGUGCAAUGGGAGGAGCAGUUUGUGUUCAGGUAGCCUGGGAAGUCCGUCUGCACGGCAGGCUGCUCAGGGAGGCUCUGCCCCACCUCUCAACAGGUGCCAGUGUAUUUAUGGCACCAUUUGGCCCAUAGUGUUCUAAGGUGGGGAUAGGAUAAAAAGCACCCUCGAAAACAGAGCUUCUCAACCUGUGGCCCACGUGCUGCUUACAACCCAAUCAGCACAGAGCUGCGGCCCAUGUGACAUCCUCAGAGCAAUACAGGUAGUAUUGGAUGUGGCCCACGUAACACGUUGUGGGCUGCAUAUGUGGCUCACAAUGGUAAAUAGGUUGAGAACCACAGCCCUAAAGUAAAUGUUGAAAGUAAAACUCCUUUGUGUGUGUGGGGGGGGGGUUGUGUAUUUAUAACCUAUAUAAGUAUAAUUUUCAGUACUGAAGGGCAAUUCAGAGGCAACACUAGUUUGUAAAGACCUGGUUUGGUUAAUUUUGGACCUGACCCUACAAAUCCAUGCUCACAUGAGUAAUGGGUACAGUGUGAGCCUGCAGAAUCAAGUCCUUUUGUGGCACAAUUUUCUCCUGUUAUGUUUUUUGUUCCAUCUGUACCAGGGAUUUUUAGCAAAUCAACAAUCUGCACAGCAACCAACAUAUUUUUUUUUAAUGUGGAGACAUCAUUUCCAUUUGAUGCAGCAGCUGCAGUAAGUCACCCCAAGUGCUGCAUUUCUUGGGAUUACUACACUCAGACUUGAAGGCAUUCAGGAUUUUACCUCACACCUCAAAGCACACCUCAGGUGUUUUAUAACCUCACAGACUAACAGACCACAUUGUGCAGAGUCAUGUGGAAUGCAGUCCAUUUCCAUUGGGGGUUAAUGAAACUACUCAUGUGAGUAAAGGUCAGCACAUACAUAAGUGUUUACAGGAUUGGGGCCUUAGAUUGUAAACUCAGGGCAGGGAUUGUGUUUUACUCUGUAGUCUGACUAACGUGCUGGGGCCCUGAUCCCUGACUGAGUGCUACUGCACUAUAUUAAAUGAUUUAUCUGGAGCUAUCCUUGAAGGCCACUCAUAUGCCAAGGUUACAUAUUCUCAGUUUGGCAGAGAAAAGGGAGUAUCAUUUAGAGCUUCGUUCAGCAAAACUAUUUAUGUGAGUAAGGAUUUUGCAUGAUUUCAGUGAAUCUCCUCAUGUGAAUAGAGAUUGCUCAAGUGAGGAGAGCUUUUCAGGGUCAUGUUGCCUUUGACUGUGUCUGACAUGACUUGCUAUAUAUAAAUAUGAAACUAUGAAAUAUGUGGGAAUGUUCUGCCUUAAAAUUACCCACUUGGUAUUUGUACCUGUUAUAUGUUUGAAAAGCUCAAGCUCUUGUUCAGGAAGCCCAGGGAUGUGUGUGGAAAAACUUUUGUUACUUGUAUGUUUAAUAGCAAAUUAGUAUGUAUUAAAUAAAAU